CUGAUCACUUGGUUGAAUCAAGGGAGAGAUCACCGAACCCGGAUACAUGGCAACCGCUGGAGGGUAUGGUCCGAAGCUCAGUUAAUUACGUUCCUUUAUCACCCAUUAGCUUCUUGGAGCGAGCGGCUGAAGUUYAUAGAAACCGGACGUCCAUGAUUUAUGGGUCCAUCAAGUACACAUGGGAAGAAACACACCGUAGGUGUAUUAAGCUUGCAUCUGCUCUUAACGGUUUAGGGGUUUCUCGCGGUGACGUUGUAGCGGUACUAGCCCCAAAUAUCCCUGCAAUGCAAGAACUUCAUUUUGCAGUUCCCAUGGCUGGAGCAAUCAUUUGCCCUCUUAACACACGCUUGAAUCCAAGUAUGAUCUCAAACCUUCUCAAGCACUCAGAAGCCAAAGUUCUCUUUAUCGACUACCAACUACUGCAAAUUGCUAAGGAAGCUCUCAAUCUUCUCAACAACACACACUCAAAAGCCCCUCGCCUUUUCAUAAUAUCUGAAUCCAACUACAAGUCCUCCUUGACCCUUACCCAUAAAUAUGAUUACGAGCGGCUUGUAGAGAGUGGAGAUACUGAAUUCCCUAUAGUUCGGCCUCAUGAUGAAUGUGAUCCCAUCAGUUUAAACUAUACAUCUGGAACCACAUCAAGUCCAAAAGGGGUGGUUUAUAGCCACCGAGGCGCUUAUCUAAACUCCCUUGCCACAGUGUUCAUACACGGUAUGCGAGAGAUGCCUACAUACCUUUGGUCUUUGCCUAUGUUUCACUGCAACGGAUGGUGCUUCUCGUGGGGCAUGGCUAUAGUUGGUGGUACUAACGUUUUCCUUCGACAAAACAAUCCUAAAGAUAUAUUUGACAAUAUAAUGAUUCAUAAGGUCACACAUAUGUCCGGAGCUCCAACGGUCUUGAAUAUGAUUGUGAAUUAUAUAGAGAUCAAUCGAAAACCACUUCCACACAAGGUUGAGAUCAUGACUGGUGGUGCACCUCCACCUCCAAYGAUUCUUUCAAGGAURGAGGAGAUAGGAUUUCAUGUGACUCAUAUUUAUGGUCUCACUGAAACUUAUGGUCCAGGAACUUGGUGCUUGUGGAUGCCUGAGUGGGAUUUAUUGUCAUUUGAAGAACAAACGAAACUUAAAGCACGACAAGGAGUGAAUCAUUUUGGAAUUGAGGAAGUCGUUGUUAAAGAUUCCAUCACAAUGGAGAGUGUAAAAUGUGAUGGGACAUCGAUAGGGGAAGUUAUGUUUCGAGGAAAUACGGUCAUGAGUGGAUAUUUUAAGGAUUUGAGAGCAACUGAAAAGGCAUUUGAAGGAGGAUGGUUUCGAAGUGGUGAUCUUGCUGUCAAACAUCAAGACGGGCAUAUAGAAGUAAUUGACAGGUCCAAAGACAUUAUAAUAUCYGGUGGAGAAAAUAUAAGCACGAUUGAGGUUGAAAGUGUGAUUUAUAGCCAUCCGGCUGUGCUCGAGGUUGCUGUUGUUGCACAACCAGAUGAUCAUUGGGGUCAAACUCCUUGUGCCUUUGUGAAGUUGAAGAAUGGUGUUCAUGUUGAUGCUCAAGAAAUUAUUCAAUAUUGCCGAGAUCAUAUGCCACAUUUUAUGGCACCUAMGACUGUUAUUUUCGAAGAUCUGCCACGAAAUUCAACUGGAAAGGUUCAAAAGUUCAUGUUGAGAGAGAGGGUCAAAAAUCUUAAAUGAAGAAUUGCUUAGACGACUUGAAGCAAAAGUUUUUCAAUGUUAA